AUGCUCCGCAGGAGAUCUACGAGACACCGCAGCCCGGCCGCCGGGCCCGGCCGCGGCCGAAGCACCAGCGACGGCGCGACCGCGCGCUCCCGCUUCACGUGGCUCGACAUCGCGCGCAUGCUGUGCGGCCUGGCGCUCGCCGUGCUCGCGGUAGGCCGUCUGGCCACGGGCUCCGCCACAUGGCACGUGGUCGCCACGUGGCGCGCACGUGCUUCUGCGCCCUCGGCCCCGCCCGCGCUCUCCGAAUUCUGGCGCCCGUACUCGCUUCCCCUGACGUUCUCGCCCGCGGACCUGUCGCGCUACACGGGCGCCGACGGCGCGCCGCUGCUGGUCGCUGUCGACGGCCAGGUCUUCGACGUGACGCGCAGCGCGCGCCUCUACGGCCCACGCGGCGCAUACCACCGUUUCGUGGGGCGUGACUGCUCGCGCGCCUUUGCCUACAGCAUCUGGAGCAUGCGCGGCCUGCGCGAGCCCUGUAGCGCGGACCUGAGCGGGCUGGCCACAGAAGAACGCGCGCGCGUGGUCGCGUGGGCCGAGUACUUCGCGCGCAAAUACCCGCGUGUGGGACAUGUGGCGCACGUGACACAGACGUAA